AUGCCUCGCGGCACCCAGCUUACCCCAACCGAAAGGAUAGAGAUCAAUACUUUGAACUCUGCGAAGUGGUAUCAUCGGCAGAUUGCCGAGAAGUUGAAGCGUUCCAAAACGGUCGUCACAAGAUUAUUAAACAAUCCAGCACAGUAUGGGACUAUCCAGAGGCCUGGCAGACCUCCCAAAGUGACCGAGGCCGUCCGUAGGAGGGUCAUUCGUGAGGCCUCGAAGAAACUAACCACUGCAUCAAAAAUUCGGAAGGCCUUGGAGCUAUCGGUAAGCACCUCUACAGUGCAACAGAUAAUUAGAGGGACUGGUUUUAUGGCUUUUAAAACUAUGGCGACCGCCCCGUGGAUAACAAACGAACAUCGCAAAAAGGAUGUCUUGGGCAGAGACACAUGUGCAAUUCUCCCUGGAAAAAAGGCGUACUGUGGUCUUUUCCGAUGA